CACGAUGGAAGCUGAGUGUGCAUUGUGUUCUAUGGACGGUCUACUAUUUUCCUUUGGACCUAAAUGCCGCAUUACUGGUGACGUUGCGGAAGGAAAACAAACAUGGCGUCGGGACAGCAAUGGGUGUUGGUGGAAAUGGUGCAGGCAUUUUAUGAGGCUCCUGCUUAUCACCUGAUUCUGGAGGGGAUCCUCAUACUGUGGAUCAUCAGACUUCUGUUCUCCAAAACCUACAAACUGCAUGAGACGUAUAAACUGACCGAGAAGGAAAAGGAGGACCUGAUUGAGGAGUGGCAGCCAGAGCCUCUUGUUCCUCCUGUUUUCAAAGACCAUCCCUCCCUCAACUAUGGUGUUGUCACAGGACCUCCCAGCCACAAAAUCAUAAUCAAUGGAAAAGAGUGUAUUAACUUUGCAUCAUUUAACUUCCUUGGUCUCCUCGACCAUGAGCGGGUUAAGCAAAAAGCUUUGGCCUCACUGAAGAAAUAUGGUGUGGGCACAUGCGGUCCAAGAGGCUUCUAUGGAACAUUUGAUGUUCAUCUGGAGCUGGAGAGUCGUCUGGCCAAAUUCAUGAAAACAGAAGAGGCCAUCAUCUAUUCGUAUGGCUUUGCAACCAUUGCUAGUGCAAUCCCUGCCUACUCCAAGAGGGGGGACAUCAUCUUUGUGGAUGAAGCGGCUUGCUUCUCCAUCCAGAAGGGUCUUCAAGCGUCCCGCAGCUUCAUCAAAUACUUCAAACACAAUGACAUGGAGGAUUUGGAGAGGCUGCUCAAAGAGCAGGAGCUGGAGGACCAGAAGAAUCCUCGUAAAGCUCGAGUGACCCGGAAGUUCAUUGUAGUGGAGGGGCUGUACAUCAACACUGCAGACAUCUGUCCUCUCCCUGAACUGGUAAAGCUGAAGUACAAGUACAAGGUGCGGAUCUUUCUGGAGGAGAGCAUGUCUUUUGGUGUCUUGGGAGAACACGGCCGAGGAGUCACAGAACACUUUGGGGUCAAUCUUGACUGUGGAGGAAGAUUGCGAAAUAGAACGGGACACCGAAGGUAACGUAAGAGCGGAGGUUACGCAGGGUCUGGAGGCAGAUGACGGUACGGAGGGUCUGAUCGAGGAUGAAUCAGCUGAGGAAGAUGGACCAGAGACCACCAGGACACAGCCUUCACAAUCAAGCGGUAAGUUAAACUACUUUAUUCUUUUUUUGUUUUAAGUAAAGGCCCCAAACAUGCCUGUUUCUGUGUGUAACUCAUUCCAUUGAGGGCCUAGUGUAUGCCUGUGAUGUGGUUACAAUGAGUAAAGUGUAACAAGACUGAGCUAGCAAGCUAAUUUUAGUAUUUAAGUAUUAAGAAACUUUUUUCCCCCAAUGUCUUUGCUAGCUGUGGUUUAACCAGCAAACCAAACUCUGGACCACUCGAGGGCUCAGUGUAUGCAGCUUGUUGUUGCAACCAUACCUUGCACCAGCUGGAUUUUACUUUGUUGAAGUUGGGAGUGAGAUCAGCUGCUGUAUGGAAUGGUUUAAACAAAAGCAUGCAUGCACUCGGUCCAUGCUGAUAUGAGUUUGAGACCCCUGGUGUACACAAAGGCAACUUGCCUGCCCCGGUUUGUUGUUGUGAGUCGUCUUGAUUGAUUUAUUUAUUUUAUAAUUAUUAUUAGGCUACAGUGUUCUGGUCAGAAAACUGAGAGGACGAGGAUGGAACACGCUUCUGCUGCAAUAACUACCGCCAUGGCAGAGCUGAAGGAGAUGGACAGAGCUACAGCGGCACACAAUGAUGCACAUGUAACCGGGCUCAGCUCUUGUUUACUAUAGUAGACACUGGGUGGUACAGAUGCCUGUAUCACUACAUCUAAAUCAGUGACCACAUGGGCUAACACGAGACUGUAGAUUCAUUCACAGGAGAAAUGAGUAUUAAGUAGCAAGUGUAAAGAAGACACAUAGACCAACAGGUACGGUUUUUAAAAAAGUUGUCAAUGCAUUGACUGUUUGUAUGAAGAGAAGAAAACAAAAAUAAACAUAUAAUAACCGUAAACAAUGUAUUGCUUCUCUUUUUGAAUGGAUUCACUCACAGUGUAUAACCAAACAACACUUACAAACAAUGGUUAGUAGUCACUUAGUUAUGGAUCAAAUUAAAAUCUAAGUUUAUCCAAUAUUGGCAUUUAUCCCAGGGUUAGGCUACCAAACAAGACUUAUUCACACACUAUGCUUUUUAUGACCCUUUGUAUAUUAGCAACACACCUUUUAACAUCAGUGUAUCAAAACACCUUUGAACUUAUCAAAAAAUACCUGGAAUAGUUUCAAUUCCCAAAUAUCUAUCAACAGAUAAAUAAAAUUAACUUCAACACAAUAAACAAUGACUAUAGUAAUGAACUGUUUGAAUUUUUGAAGUGGGAAUGAAAAUAGAUCUUUUCUGUGUGGAUUGUGCACCAAUUUUACACCAAUAUGGCUAUGCAAAGGUACUCAGAAGGCUAAUUUCUUAAACAUAUAACUUUAUUAAGGAAUAUUGUUAAAUAUACAUUUAACCAAUUCUAGAAAUGUACACUGAGAAAAUAAAGAAUAAAUAAAAAUAAAAUAAAUAGUAAGAAUAAAAUAAAUAGCUAAAUAACAUCAGCACUGUUCAGUAUGUCAGUUGCUGAAGUAGCAGAAAAUGCCAUGGAAAUACUCAAGUAAAGUACAAGUACCUCUGAACUGUUCUUAAGUACAGUACUAAAUGUACUUAGUUACAUUCCACCACUGCUCUCUACUAAACCACAUAUUCUCUACUCUAUCAAGCUAUGAGAUUCAUGCUACAGCUUUGUUCUGAUUCUGAACCAUUAUUUCAAUCGAUUGAACUCCAAUCAGAAACACUUUUUUCUUGCUUAUCUAAACAUGUCAUCUGUAGCAAUAUUUCACUGUUAAUGUGAACUGUCACAAACAUUAACUCUGCUGCCGAGUCAAGAGAUAAACAGCGCCUCUGCUAUUAACGUUCAGGGGAAACGUUCAACGUAUCCGGUCCACAGUUCCCAGCAUGCACUGCUUAGUGCUGAAAGCAGUUUAAGUUAGCUGCCUUAUGUUCCAAAAUGCAAAUGUUACUUUUAGUGUUUGUAAUGUGUCUGUUCAGAACAUGGUGGUUUAUGUUGGUAGUUUUCAUUUUUAUGCUGGUUAACAGUUUUAACCAUUAGUGAGCUGUUACAUUACCAGCUGUAUUUUAUUGGUCUUAUUGGGGUGCUCUUGAGAGCUGCUUCUUCUUUCUCGUGUUACAUUGCUUGUCACUAUAGUGACAGUGCACUCUGCUGGAUAAAUGUUGUAGUGACACCAAUAUAUUUACUCAGGUAUUUCUUACUGCCUAAUAUAGGAAAAGAAAACCGUUUUCUAUUGGCUCAUAUUGGAUAUCGUACACGCCGAUACAGAUAUAUCUGCGAUGGGCCAAAAUGACCAAUAAAUUGGUUGGGCUCAGUCCUACCAGUGUUUCAGAUGAAAACAGUUCAGAUCUUUCAGCAUCAUCCCAUCAAUUAGCUUGGCUCGCCAAAACUGCUGAACUGCUAACUAUAUCAACUGAAUCACUUCAGUUGAUAUAGUUAAUUCACUUUGCAUUGAAACUCUUAUGUGUUGCCAAGAAGCAAACAAAGACACUCCAAACUUUGAUUGAGCAUGCAUGCGUUUCAUUCAUUGCAAUCCAUUGUAAGCGUGGCGGCUCGACUUAAAUUUGCCAGCUUUUCGACGUUAAAAACCGCAGGCACUGAAUAAGUGGUCAGUUCCAACUCACUUCCAAGAACUUCUCAUCACUUCAAAAAUUAAAUUCAUUUAUUUAACAAACUCAAAAAUGUUCCAAACAUUGUUCUAAAUUAACUUCAUAAAGAAAUGAAAACAAAAAUCCAUUCAUGUCAUAAAAAGUCAAAUUGUGGUCAAAACACUAUCUCAACCACGGCUUCAGUUGCCCAACAUUUUUACUGAAAGACGGUGUAGUCCCUCAUUCGUCCAGGAGUGUUCAAUCGUAGAAAAGGUUUCAGU